AUGACUACCUCUGGUAAUCUCGCUGUAUCGUCAUCGACGCCCACAUCCGCAAAUACAAUGGAGACCGAAUCCCAGGGUAAACGUAAAGCCUCGACGGCUGGGCUCUCUGCUAAUUCUCGCCCGGUCAAGCGGCGGGCUUCGAAAGCAUGCUGUUGCUGCCGUGCAAGGAAAGUCCGGUGUGAUGUGGUGGAGAACGGUUCACCAUUAUUCGUGGCUAACGUCGAGUGCGCUUCGCCGUCACUCUUCAGGAAAUCACGUGUCGAGGUUGAAAAUGCCACCCGCCAGCCUUCUCAGUCGCCCGCAGAGGGCCUUGAGGACGCAGGAAGCUUUCUCAGGAGACUCAGCGAGUCUCACGGGUUGAAUGCGGACAUUGCUCCUGAAUCACCAUCUCAGCAGUCCAUCGACUUGGAUCAAGGGCAGCAUAUGCCGCACCUACUGUAUCAGAGUCAGGCCAGCAGAAUCGGGGGAGGGAACCACUUUCGCAGGCGAAUGGCCCCUAAUCCUGCAGUUCCGGCCACUCUUCCUCUUCACCAUGUCACGUCACAGAUUCAGCAGCUAUUGGAUCCUUCCUUUUCCAACGCGCGAUCCGGCGGUGUACUUCUGCCGGACUACAUCAGAGGCUUACCAUCCCGAUUGCAGAAAGAAGAUAUCGAAUACCUGUCCAUGAAAGGAGCAUUAACAGUACCCGACGUUGGGUUGAGGAACGAACUGCUCAAGGCUUACAUCCACUAUGUGCACACGUACAUGCCUUUAUUGGAUUUGGAGGAGUUCUUACAGACUAUCGUGCAGAAUGAUGGUAUUCAUCGGAUGAGUCUUCUGCUGUUCCAGGCAGUCAUGUUUGCUGGCACGGCUUUUAUCGACCUAAAGCACCUUCAUGCUGCUGGUUAUCCCUCGAGAAAGGCUGCCCGAAAGGUCUUCUUCCAACGAGCCCGACUUCUGUAUGACUUCGAUUAUGAAGUCGAUCGGAUUUCGCUCGUCCAAUCCCUGCUGCUGAUGACUUACUGGUACGAGACCCCCGAUGACCAGAAAGACACUUGGCACUGGAUGGGCGUCAGCUUGUCCUUGGCGCAUACCAUCGGCCUGCAUCGGGACCCUGGGAAUUCUCGCAUGGACGCCCGGCGGCAGCGAAUGUGGAAACGUAUCUGGUGGAGCACCUAUACUCGCGAUCGCUUGAUUGCCCUAGGCAUGAGGCGCCCUAUGCGUGUCAAAGACGACGACUGUGAUGUUCCAAUGUUGACGCUCGACGACUUCGAAUUCCAUCCAUUUUCGCCGGAAAUCGUGAGCAUGGUGGGGAACUCAGAGGUUCUGCAAAAUGUUGAACAUCAGAAAGAGCUGGCCCUCAUGUUCAUCGAGAAGGCGAAGCUUUGCCUGUGCGUCAGUCAUGUCCUGUCGGCUCAGUAUUCUGUUCUCAGUCACAAGUUUGGCGGGACGAUGGAGACGACUAUGAUGUUGGUCCCCAAGAAAUCGGCAGCAGAAACGUUCGAGGUUCGGCGUUGCGAUCAGGAGUUGGAAGAUUGGCUGGCCAAUCUUCCUACGGAAAUCCAGUACGCUCCGGCUGCACCCGCGAAGUUGACAGAAGCCCAGGAAGUCUUGCACUCUCAUCGCGCUCUCCUCAAAAUGGUCUAUCUGACUACAUCAAGCGCGUUGCAUCGUCCUCAGGUCCUUCCUGCUAGUCCCUUCCCGUCAAUGGAUGCAGAGCUGCAGGAGAUCUCGAGGAACAAGGUUCGAUUCGCCGCAGUUGAAAUCACGAAUAUUGCGCAGGACUUGCACAGCUUGGAUUUGACGAGAUAUUUUCCUACUACCGGCGUCACCGUACUUCUGCCCGCCGUCAUCAUCCACCUCCUCGAUAUCAAGUCGAGCGACCCCAGCGUGCGGAUGACCAGCCUCCAGCGAUUCUACCAGUGCAUGCGCAUUCUACAACGUUUGCGAGAGAUCUAUGCAUCAGCUGACUUCGCGACAUCGUUCUUGGAAGCUGCAAUUCGAAAGGCUGGUAUUCAGCUCACAGUGGCUCCCCAGGACGUGCAAGCUCGUUCCAGCAGCGCUUUUGAUGCGGGCGCACGGGUCAAUACAUUGACACCCCCUCCGGAUUCUCUUGCCCAGAAGAUUCCCGAUCUGACUUACCCAAAGCCCGCGGGUGUUGGAACUGCUCGCCACGCCGUCGAAGAAGGCGAGACAUUGUUCGCCUCUACUCCUCCCCCCUCGGAUGGCAGUGAAAACGGCAGUACCGCCAACAUCAACCGGAACUAUCACCGAGAUGCCUUCAGCAUCCCAAAUUUGGACUCGGAGCUGAGUAUUAGCGAGCUGAUGGACUUGGCUAAUGACGCCGAGGUGACCCAGAAUGAUUUUGAUGCUCUCAUCAAUUUUGAUGAUGCCGGUGCCGACUUCUUCACGGCCGACGAUCAUAUGAAUCUUAACGGAUCCGGUCCCAACAGCAAGGGGUUUGGAUUUACCGUGGAUCCAAUGAAUGGCAUGCCUGGCUUGAUGGGCUUUGAUCCCGGAAACAAGGCUGAUAUGGCCAGCCUGGGUGACGGUCAGCUUCACAGCGACCGCGUCGUCGCGACCAUGGGGCACAGCAAUACCGAGACAGCACCCUCAGAUUCGAACGGUCUGACAGCUCAUCUCGACGCCGACCUUGGUAUGAGCCUAAGUGGCUGA